AUGAAGAAAAAUCUUUAAAUUCAAAUAGAGGAAGAGGAGGAAAAGAAUCAAAGUCCCUCACCAGUAAAAACCUAAAAUAGAAAAUCAACUCUAUAUGGUUCUUAACAAGAAUUGCUGAAUCAAUAAAGAUUGUUGAGAGAGCAGUAGAAUUUAUUAAAUUAGAUUGAAAUAAAGACAGUAGUUAAGCAAGAUAAAGAUAAGGAGGUGUUUAUCACUGAUGCAGAAGAUAUAGAUUUCGACAAACUUAAUGAGCAAAACAUGCAAGAAAUAUACAAGGAGUAUAUGACUGAAAAUUAAGGUUCAGGAGUAGAUGAAAUUAUAUAGGAAGAAGUCAGUGCAUAGACUGCUUAUAAUUUCUUUAAAAAGCAAGAGGAUGAGGUAUUUGAAUAUCAACCUAAUGGACUAAAUGAGGAGCCAUAUUAUCUUUCUAAUGCUAAACUUGAAAUACCUUCAUAAAGACUAUAAAGACUACGAGAAGAAUUAGAUUCUCUAGAAUAAGAACUUAGGAUACUUGAGAAAGAAGAAAUCCCCAUAAAAUUUUAAGAUAUCAGUGAGUCAUAGAUGCAGCUCAAUGAGAUAGAGUUCUUAAAAUCUUAAAUCUAAGAUUUGGUUCUUUCUGAUGCAUUUAAGAAGCUAGACGCAAAGACAUUUAUUGACGAUGUGUUUGAAGAUCAUCAAGAGGAAAGGCUAAAAAUCGCUGUUGGCAACAUCCUUGCAAAAAGUGUGAGUCUAAAUUAAGAUAAUCUAUCAACCAAGACUACUUUAGGAGGGGAAAUAGAGCUAAAUGUGGGGCUUCCAGACUUGACAGAUUUAUAAAAGGAGUCUUUGAAGAAAUAUUAAUAGAUUGAUAACUAGGUAGAUCAAUGUGAGAAGAUUAUAGGUUUGUGGAAUCCGAUAAAUAAGUUCAUGAAUAUCUAUUCAAUCCUGGAAUUGCUUUGUGAUAAAGUUGAUAUGCUAGAUUCAAAAAGUAUUGAAUAAAUUGGUUCAAAAGCUAAAGAGUUAAACAAAGAACUAGAAACUACUGUUUCAAGACUAUUCUCGAUGAGAGAUAUGGAUUAUGAUAAGAACAAGAUUGAUUACCUCUACUUUAUGACUGAAAAAUCGAUUGAGUUAUUUGAUCAUGCUUAAAUUAUCAUUGAAAGAUUAGCUGCACUUGAGAAAAUUCAUCAAAGUAGUCCAGAUAUGGCUAUUCAAUUUGAAUCGGUUAAAAAGAAUCUCCCUGAACUGGACAAAUAACUUGAAGAGGAGUCUAAGAUGAUAACUGAGGUAAAAUAAGAAAUGAUCAAGUUUGUGACAGAUAUCUAGGAAUAGUUGAAAUCGUUUAAUCCCUCAUGA